AUGGAAUUGGUGUUGCUGAAAAAUCCGCUCACCAUUAGCGCCAAGACGCUAAAAACACUUAUAAAUACAUUCAAGGACUACACAAAAAAACCAGUGUAUCCCCCCGAUGACGAAAAAGCCUACGACGAAAGUCAGGCAGCCGCUGAUCUAAUAAACGAAGCAAUAUACCAGGUAACUGUUGCAAUAGAUGAGCUAAAAAAGCUCGUCGCUCAAAUCAAAAAAGAAUAUGAGAGGAUUCAAGAUACGGGCGAAAGAGAAGACUUCUCCGACGCUUUAGAGAAGCUUGAAGAUGACACAAACUUCAAUGAAAUUUUGGGAGCAGGAACUGAAAUAAUUUUUAUGCUCAGAGCAAGGCUUACCGAAGUCAUUAGCACCCGCAAUAGACUGGGACGCAAACUAGGACUUACUGUACCUCCGCAACCAAAUCCAACAGCAGUCACAAAUGGAAAUUUUAUUCAAAAUAACGAUAAUGAACAGCAGGAAAUCAGCGAAGAUAACGGAUGGAUAACAGAAAACAGCAAUGAUAGCACCGAUGGACCGCAAUGGCUUACCAAACCAGGCCCACAUAAACAGUUGAAAGAUAUAUCAGAAAUCCCAGAAUUUGAAGAAGAAGAAGAAGAGCCUUUGAAAAUACAAAUGCCACAGGUUAGCGACACCACAAUCGAUACAGAAAGCGUAGAUGAUAAUGGAGCGAAUAACAACGGCGAUCUGCCAGACAUAGGUGUCGACGCUGCUAAUCCGCCAACAGGUCACCAAGACCCCCCGCAGAGUCGGCAGCCGAGACAAGCUACGAUAAAUGCGCGAACAAUUAUACGUAAUUUUGAACGAAGCUUGGAGGAAUCGGAUGAAGCUGACGAAGGCUUUAGCAGAGCAUCAACUCCAAUACGCCAGAUGUUGUUGUCAGUUAUCACCGCAUUAUGCCUCAUCAAUCCAGCUGCAUCUGACAGAUUAAUUUGCGAAAAAGGCAAUGUUAGGAUCAACAAUCCAAACACAACAUUCGAACUAUGUAUGGGAAGCUUUUGUAGAUCCUUUCCGAAGAUGGCUAUCGCACAAUGGGAGUGGUCAUUACCUCCAACAGCAUUGAAUAAGACCAUGUUUGUCUCUAUGAGGUACCUUCUGGAGGACCAAGAAAUCAUGGAACAGACAUAUUGUGUACAGCCACAUAUAUGUGAUCAUUCGAAAGGAUUCCUAUCGAAAAAACUACUAGCAAACCCACAUUGUUGGCCAAACGGUGCCAUAGCAUCCCUUGGAUUAGCGCUUUAUGCGAUUAUUGUAACAACUUUCAUGCUCUCCACCUGCAUAAAAAGGUUACUAAUCCGUCCCGUACAAGUAACCGUUAACACAAGCGAUAAUGCAAGUGUGCGGUUAGAAUUAUUUAGUCCACCGACGAUCUAUAGAGCCGUGAACGUUGCCCUCGUAUGCAUACUGGCAUUAACAGAUGCGGCAGCAGCCUGCCAAAACGGCCACAUACGGCAAGAAAUCGAUUUGAUAUGCACCAGCCAUAACAGCUGCUCUUAUGAGUACAAAAGAGAAAUUCUAUUCAAUGAAUUGGAUUUGAAACUCUGCGUCAACAUUAUGCAUGCCAAUAAAUCCGUUGGUCUAAUUGAAGUAGAACGAUAUCCAACGAUAAUGCGAUGUGCAAAAAGAUCAUUGUACUUUACGAGAGAUGCGACGACCAGAGUAUUUAGCACUGUACGUUGCUCGCAGGCAGGGUCAUGCGUGAAUUCCAAAUGCUCGCAGACAACUGUCAAUACGACAAUCAAAGAGCUUGGCAAAGCAUACCAGUUUCCAGGCUACUCCGGGUGUCAGCAUUCAUGCGGCGGACUCGGUUGCGGCUGUUUUCUCCCGCUACCAGCUUGUUCGUUUUAUCGGGUCACAAUCCCAAGAAAUGAAGAGAUUUAUGAAGUAGUAUCAUGUCUGAAGUGGGAACCGUUGGUGAAUUUGAAAGUCCGAGUUUCACUCUACAACCAAGAAAAAGAAACCUUCAUUACAAGCGCACCUUACAUCAAACACGCAUUUCAAGGAAUGGAAAUCUCGAUAAUUUCGGUACAAUCGCCGCACUUUUCCAUGCUAGACAGAAAAAUAGCAAUAUCAAACAAGGAAGCUUUGCUUCUACCAGAAGGAUACGAACUAGCAGCUAAAUGCGCGACCUACCAAUCAGCAGCAAAAGAUUUCAAAAAUUGCGCCAACCAAAUGAUAUGCUCAUGCGAAGACGCAAAUGGAGCAAUCAAAUGCCACUGUCCUCAAAUGUCCAUUAGAGACGUGAAAAAUGACAUUACAAAUGUAUUUCCCAUUCAUACUCCCUUCACUUCCUUACAAAAACGAGAUAAGGAACUCUUCGUAAAAACGAUGCAAGGAGAAGUAGUCGUAUCGCUAGAAUCCCGCUCACUGAAGAACAGUGCAGAAUAUCUACUUGAACAAGAUUGCAAACUAAACGCGAGCAGCGUGUUUGGAUGCUACGACUGUCAGGAAGGAGCUCAAGUGAACAUCAGUUGCACAACCAAUGAAAGAGCAUGGAUUGUAUAG